AUGCCAACAGAAGAGCAACUUGGACGACAGCGUGUGGCAGACGACAGCCAACAACCCGUCAUGUUGCAGUCGUGGCUCAAUGAAUCAGGAACCAUUGCGUCAGCAACUGAUGUGUGGACUUCCGAAAGAGCCCUAAAUAGGCCGAGACCUAGCACGAACGAUACCACGAUACAACACAACAACGACAAGGAUGACUAUGCAGCAAAGGCGGCUCCUCCGUAUUUCCGCAAUACGCCCUACGGCACUCUAUUUACGCGGUUGCCCUUUGAGAAGACAUGA